AUGGGGGGUUACACUGAAAAGCUUUUCUGCUGCAGGUGGCUGUGCCACAGGUUGCCCUUGGCCCACAGAGAGGAACUGUACCACAUCCUGAGGAUGACGGGGCCGCUGCUGCUCUCUCGAAUCCUCAAUUACCUGCUUCCGUUUGUGGUUACAAUGUUCUGUGGGCGUCUGGGAAAUGAAGUGAUGGCCGGCUAUGGAUUAGCUUCUGCUACCAUUAAUGUCACCACUGCAGCAACAGGAUGUGGUCUGGGGCUGGCAUGUGAUACUUUGGUGUCUCAGACUUUUGGUGGAAAGAACCUGCUGCGGGUGGGUGUGAUCCUUCAGCGGGGCAUCAUCAUCCUGCUGUUGUUCUGUCUGCCCUGCUGGGGUCUGCUCAUUAAUGCCCAGGCCAUGCUGUUAUGCCUGGGCCAGGACCCCGAAGUGGCCAGGAUAGCCCAGCUGUAUAUUACAGCCUUCCUUCCUGCUGUACCAGCAAUGUUUCUACAUCAACUUCAGGUGUCUUACCUGCAGAACCAGGGUAUAAUAAUGCCACAAAUGUACACUGCUGCCAUGGCAAACAUAGCAAAUGUGGUGACGAACUACACCUUUCUUCACUGGCUGGAUCUGGGAGUUGAUGGAUCUGCAGCAGCCAAUGCUCUGUCUCACAUUUACAUCUGUGCUUUUCUGUUUGCUUAUAUUUGGUGGAAGAAGCUCCAUGUGAAAACAUGGGGAGGAUGGUCUGUAGAAUCAUUGCAGGAGUGGGGCUCCUACAUGAAACUGGCCAUUCCCAGUACAUUAAUGAAGUGCUUUGAGUGGUGGGUUUAUGAGUUUGGGGGUUUCUUUGCAGGAAUGCUGAGUGAAGAUGAGCUGGCAGCCCAACAUGCUGUGAUAAUGGUGGCAUUCAUAACCUACAUGUUUCCUCUCGGUGUUCAAGCUGCAGCAUGUGCCCGAGUGGGUAACGCCCUCGGGGCAGGAGACACUGCUAGGGCAAUUCUCACCAGCAAGAUGUCCCUCGCUCUUGCAGGCAGCUUCGCAAUUGUUGAAGGUCUGGUGCUUGGCUCCACUAAAACAGUGAUUGGCUGCAUCUUCACCUCUGAUGAGAAGAUCAUAGGUCUGGUCUCGGACUUGAUGAAUGCCUACUGCUUCCUUCAGCUGUUCGAUGGUCUUGUGUGUGUAUGCACUGGCAUCUUCUUGGGCACUGGCAAACAGAAGAUACCAGCUGUUGCUAAUCUCAUUGGAUACUACUGCAUAGGACUUUCACUAAGUGUUACUUUAAUGUUUGUUGCAAAGAUGAGAGUUAUGGGUUUUUGGCUGGGGCUGCUUGUUUGUGUCAUCUUACAAUCCACCUUCUACAUCAUUGUCAUCUUCAAGCUGAACUGGAAGAGGAUGACAGAGGAGGCCUUGAAGCGAGCUCAGAAAAAGACACCCGAGACGUUAAGUGCAGAUGCUCUGUCAGACGCUCUGGGUGACAACACUGCUGACCAGACUGCAAGGAAUGGGAAUCCAGUGGUUGGCUACAUGUCCGUGAGAAUUGAGGCCCAUGAUGGGAUCACUGAGACACAAGGUGGACAUGUUGUCCAGCAGGUGAAGGGAGGUCGUCUUUCCACCACCCAGCUGGUCCUCAGGCGAGGCCUCACUAUGUUUGCGGCAGUUUCACUUCUGGCUGUGGGAGCGAGUGUGCACUUCCUUGUGCCCCUGCCAGAGACGCUGCCUUCAGAGGCCAACUUUACUAUGGACUGGAUCAAUACUACAUACACUCCUGAUCAAAUUUUCUCCACUGUGCUGGUUCCAAUAGAAGAGUAGAUUGACCUUGAGAGUCCAGGA